AUGGACAUGAUGAAUAGUUCAAUGAUAUCUGAGUUUGUUUUGUUAGGACUCACCAGCAAUUGGGAACUUGGAGUUUUCUUUUUUUUCAUAUUUUUGUUGGCCUAUGCAGCAAUCAUGACAGGAAACCUUCUCAUUGUGGUCACUGUAACCUUUGACUCAUACCUGCACUCCACACCAAUGUACUUCCUCCUUGGAAAUCUCUCCUUUCUUGACAUGUCUAUUUCCACAAUUACAACCCCUAAGAUGGUCCUAGACUUCCUCAGGGAGAAUAAAACUAUUUCCUUGUGGGGCUGCAUGGCUCAGAUGUUCUUCCUCCACUUUCUAGGGGGCAGUGAGAUGACUCUUCUCAUAGUUAUGGCUGUGGAUCGGUACAUUGCAAUCUGCAAACCUCUCCACUACACCACCAUCAUGAACCGCCGGGUACUCCUGGGUUCAGUGCUGCUGUCAUGGGCUGUUGGUUUCAUGCACACCAUGAGCCAGAUGGUUUUCACUAUCACAUUGCCCUUCUGUGGCCCCAAUGUAGUGGACAACAUUUUUUGUGAUCUUCCCCUCGUUCUAAAGCUUGCCUGCACUGAGACCUAUGUUCUGGAGUUGCUGGUAAUUGCUGACAGUGGACUGUUGUCUUUCAUCUGCUUCACACUCUUGCUCAUUUCCUACACUGUCAUUCUGGUCACUGUCAGACGUCGAUCCUCUGGUGGACUCUCUAAGGCUCUGUCCACCCUGUCUGCUCACAUCACUGUGGUCACUCUGUUCUUUGGGCCAUGUAUCUUCAUUUAUGCUUGCCCAUUUAGCAGCUUUUCAGUGGAUAAAUUUCUCUCUGUGUUUUAUUCAGUUAUCACACCUUUACUGAACCCCAUUAUUUAUACUCUGAGGAAUCAGGAGAUGAAAGCAGCAACGAGUAGACUGAGGACCCAGUUCAUCAGCUCCAGACAGAGCUUCUAG